GGCCGGGGCGGGGCCGGCGGCAGGAGGCCGAGCUCGCCGCUAUAAAAGCGGAGGCGGCGGCGGUACCUCUGCUCGCCGUGCCCGUUUCCGUGCGCCAGCCGUGUCCGCCUCAGCACUCCCUGGCCGCUAACAUGGCGCUCUCCAGCGACCCCCAUUACAAGAAGCUGGCGGAGUGGCACAAGGCGAACUCCUCCAAGCUCGUCCUGCGGCAGCUGUUCGAAGCCGACAAGGAUCGCUUCCAGAAGUUCAGCUUGACUCUGAAUACUGACCAUGGGGAUAUCUUACUGGAUUAUUCGAAGAACCUUGUUACAGAAGAAGUGAUGAAAAUGCUGAUGGAACUGGCAAAGUCAAGAGGUGUGGAAAGUGCCAGAGAGCGCAUGUUCAGUGGAGAGAAGAUCAACUUCACCGAGAACCGGGCUGUGCUUCAUAUUGCUCUGAGAAAUCGUUCCAAUGUGCCAAUACUUGUAGAUGGGAAGGAUGUUGUUCCAGAAGUAAACAAAGUGUUGGACAAAAUGAAACACUUCUGCCAGAGAGUCCGUAGUGGUGAAUGGAAAGGCUACACUGGAAAGGCAAUCACUGAUGUGGUCAAUAUUGGCAUUGGUGGCUCUGACUUGGGCCCUCUGAUGGUGACUGAAGCCCUGAAACCAUAUUCCAAGGGAGGCCCUCGUGUUUGGUUUGUAUCCAACAUUGAUGGUACUCAUAUAGCCAAAACCCUGGCUGAGCUUAAACCAGACACUACACUCUUCAUCAUUGCAUCAAAGACUUUCACCACCCAAGAAACUAUCACCAAUGCAGAAACGGCCAAAGAGUGGUUCUUACAUGCUGCUAAUGAUCCUUCAGCUGUGGCCAAGCAUUUUGUUGCCUUGUCUACCAAUGGCCCUAAAGUUAAAGACUUUGGAAUUGACCCAGAGAACAUGUUUGAGUUUUGGGAUUGGGUUGGUGGCCGCUACUCUCUGUGGUCUGCCAUUGGUCUCUCCAUUGCCCUGCACAUUGGUUUUGACAACUUUGAGAGUCUGCUUGCAGGAGCCCACUGGAUGGAUAAUCACUUCCACACUGCACCACUGGAGAAGAACAUGCCUGUUCUGUUGGCUAUGCUGGGGGUCUGGUAUAUAAACUGCUAUGGAUGUGAAACCCAUGCCCUUCUACCCUAUGACCAAUACAUGCACCGCUUUGCUGCAUAUUUCCAGCAGGGUGAUAUGGAAUCUAAUGGCAAAUACAUUACCAAGAAAGGCUCUCGUGUGGACUACAGUACUGGCCCUAUUGUGUGGGGAGAGCCUGGCACCAAUGGGCAGCAUGCUUUUUACCAGCUCAUUCAUCAAGGAACUCGCAUGAUUCCCUGUGACUUUCUGAUCCCAGUCCAGACCCAGCAUCCAGUCAGAAAUGGCUUGCAUCACAAGAUCCUUUUGGCCAACUUCCUUGCUCAGACUGAGGCCCUGAUGAAAGGAAAGACUGCUGAUGAAGCUCGUAAGGAACUUCAAGCGGCAGGACUGAGUGGGGAUGCUCUGGAGAAGCUCCUUCCCCAUAAGGUCUUUGAGGGAAAUCGACCAACCAAUUCCAUCAUGUUUACAAAACUCAACCCAUUCACUCUGGGAGCCAUCAUUGCCAUGUAUGAGCACAAGAUCUUUGUUCAAGGAAUUGUAUGGGAUAUUAACAGUUAUGACCAGUGGGGAGUUGAACUUGGAAAGCAACUUGCCAAGAAAAUUGAGCCUGAACUGGAGUCAGAUGCUCCAGUGACAUCUCAUGAUAGCUCAACAAAUGGGCUCAUCAGUUUCAUCAAAAAACACAGAGCCUGAAAUGAAAGAUUUGGAGGACAUCGACAAUCUAACCACCGAAUACCCAAAUCUGUUGUAGUUGUGCUUUUUUAGCUGAUUCUAACAAAAAUAGCACUUUACAGGUGUAGCUUCUUCACUUGUUGCAGUUAAUCUUGUUGCGUCAAGUGUUAAAAAUGAAAACUAGUUUUGUGAAACCCAAGUUUGUAUAGUUGCUUUCUAUUUUUGUGGCUGUUAAACUGUAAAGUGCAGCUGGUAUGUUCCUCAGUUCUUAUCCCUCAACUUCCUUAAAGAUGAUCACAUACUGAUAUUAGGAAAUAAAAGGUAUAAUGGAUGAGUAAAACUUCUUCACUCUGUAUCUUUGAAGUGCUGGCCUAGUUACAUUUGCCUCACUGACUGUAAGGUCCUCUGAAGCCAAGUAAGCUAAUUUCUGUCUUUUUGGACUGGUUCUGCUGUAAGCUGGAAACUAGAAUGUGUUCAAAAAAAUCAAAUCUACAGCUGUAGAUUGUUCAGAUUGCAUAAUUUGAUGCAUUUGGGCAAGAUACAGAUACUUUUUUUUUUCCAGUGAUAGUGUGAAAAGGAAAGCUUACUAAUGUUUGGUAAAAGAUCUCCUGAUUUUUUUCCAUAAGCUGUGGAAGCCCUCUGUGGACAGCUAUCUGAAAAGGAAGAAAGUUCCUGGAGUGACAGUGGUAUCUUAGUUUUUUUUCAAACAGUUUUCAAGAGUUUGUGAAGCAAAAGCUUGGGAUCACUUGGAGAAAUGUAUUUUUGGUAUCCUCCAAAGGCAGUUUCUCUCACUCUUCUUAAAUCAGCAUCACUUCCACAACAAAGAAUAGAGAACAACUUAACUAUUUGUAAACAACUUGCUUAUAUCCUCUUUCAUUCUCUACCACUGUUAACCCCUCUCUGAUAGCAAACUGGCAUGCUGUGGCUAUUGUUCUGUAACACCUUUAAUAAAGGUAAGACACAAGCAUUGAAGGGAAAAAUAA